AUGACGACUGCAGUUCCCUUAAUUUAUUCAUUCCCUGAGUUCAGCGGAGUGGCUGAGGCCGUCGCAGACCACAUCGUGGCGGCCCAAAACCAUGCUUUGUACGGCGACUACAACAGGAAGAAGAGCAUGUCAGAUACUAAUAUUGCUUCACAGUUCAGCAGUGCGGCCGAAAGCAUGCGCUUAACCAAAAGCGUGUCGGAACACCAGUCAGCCAGCGGAAACGGAACCAACACACCAAGUUCGUCCAGAGAGCAGCGGAAAAAGAAGAAGGAGGAGAACAGAAGGUUCCGAAUUGGUCUUAGUGGAGGAUCAUUAAUUAGUGUGUUACGCGAAGGAUUGCUUAAGCGACAGGACGUGGAAUGGUCCAAAUGGGACGUUUAUUUCGCCGACGAGAGACUGGUUCCCUUUGACUCGCCUGAGUCGAACUACGGAAAGGCCAAAUCACAAAUAUUUGACAACAUACCACCAGAGAAAGGAUAUCCCAACAUUUUCCCUAUCGAUGAGAAUCUUUUAAACGACCCACAGGAAUGCGCAGACACUUACGAGAAAACUCUCAUCAAAGGCUUUGCAUCUAAAGACUCUGUGAAAUUGCCUAUGUUUGAUUUGAUUUUGUUAGGAUGUGCUCCCGACGGGCAUGUUGCAUCUCUAUUCCCUAAUCACGAGACCCUGAGAGAGUCCUAUGCUUGGUGUGCCCCGGUUUUAAAUGCUCCGUCUGGACCUCCAACGAGGAUCACCUUGACCGUUCCCGUGAUUUGCCACUCUCACAGAGUGAUGUUCGUGGUGGAAGGUGCCACCAAAGCGCCAGUCAUAAGCACGAUCAUGGAGAGACCCGACAAGGGACUUCCCGCUAGUAUUAUCAACGAAAAGGCUGCUGGACGGAUUGCAUGGUUCGUUGACGAUGACGCUGUCAAAGAUGUCGUGGGUAUCACAAAGAAGAGAUACAAGUUUUUGGUCCAUUCUGAAUAG